AUGCGCACCCUGAAAGGCUUCGCCACGGGCGCCAUCUACGGCGUACCGCUGGCCUUCCGGCUGGCGUACAUCGAGCACUACAACGACCUGUACUUCAUGGACGCCGCCGUGGAGGAGGCCCUGGCCCUCGCCCCCGCCACCACCAGCGCCCAGGCAAGCCGGGCGGCGCGGGCCGGCGCCUUUCCAUGGCAUGCGCGCCGGCGGGAGGCUGGCCGCAUGCUGUGCCACGCAGCGCCGGCGCUUGUGCUGAAGCUCAUCCCCCAGCACCUCAUGCUGGUCAACUACAUGAUGCACGAGGUGGAGGCCGGCCUGAACAAGACGCAGUCCAAGGCGGAGAACAACACAGACCUGGCCCGCGGCGCGCCGCACAACCUGGACGAGGGGUGGGGCCUGUAUGUGGGCACCGGCAGCUGCGGCAUCUAUCCCUUCGUCAACGCCAUGAGCAGCGCGUUUGGCGUGACGGGCGACUCUGCCGACGGAAAGACCUGCGAGAGCCCCGUGCACCGCAACAUUCUGGCAGCCUUCAAGACGAUGUACGGCGCCGCCACCAAGGGCAACCUGGCCGCCUUCAAGCAGGGCCGCAACGCUCUGGCCAAGUUCAUCCUCGCCACCCUGAAGGCCGCCGCCGAGGUCAGCAAGCGCGUGGGCCUGAAGCAGAGCGCUGCCACCCCCCUGGCCCAGGGCUACGGCUACUGGCGCGCCAUCGAGGCGGUGGUGGCCGCCACCGACCAAGCCGCCGCCGACGCCGUGCUGGCCGCCCUCCAGUCUGCCUACCCCAAGCUGAGCCUCAACCCCGCGCUGGUGGGCACCGUGGGCGCCAAGCGCUACCUCAAGUGCAAUGGCACCAGGCAGGCACUGGACAGGUGCCUGGCCAGGUGCCCCAAGGCGCCCAAGAAGGUGUGCGGCUUCAAUGGCAAGACCUACCCCAGCAAGUGCGCCGCGCUCUGCUACGGCACCACCGUGCGCAAGGCGGGCGCGUGCUGA